CACACACACACACACAAGCUCUUUAGAAAAAGCAUUAAGCUGGUCCACUCUUUUGAUUCAAAAGGAAAUCAAUAAUAGUGUGAGAAAUUCUUUCAAUCACAACUAAUCAAUAAAACGUCAUUGCCUCCUUUUCUUCAACCUUUCUCCAUUCCCUAUGCAUCACCUCAUUUAGCAACACUUCAAUAACAGGGAACACAAUGUGACUCUGUAAUCUGUAUUUUGUUUUUCUUUCUUUCUACAUUUGCCUCUGCCUCCAGCUUUCUUUCUUUCUUUCCUCAGUACUAUGAUUCAAGUCCCUAUGGAGAUUCUGAACCUCAAGUGCUUCAUCGUUUUUAUGACUUUUUUCAUGUUCUCAAUCACAACGAUUCCUGCUGCGGAUCCCUUAUCUGAAGCACUUUUGAGCUUCAAAUCAGAGCUUACAGAUCAUUCCAACUCUUUAGGUGACUGGGUUUUGCCUGAAAAUCUGAAUGACACUGAUAAAGGUAGCAUUUUUGCUUGUUCUUGGUCUGGGGUGAAGUGUGAUGAGAACUCCUCCGCAGUUAUUGGUUUGGACUUAUCCAUGAAGAAUCUUGGCGGUGCAAUGUCGGGGAAUCAAUUUGAUGCCUUCAUUGACCUAGUUGAUCUUAAUUUAAGUUAUAAUUCAUUCUCAGAGCAACUUCCGGGGAGUAUUUUUAACCUCACCAACCUCAGAAGCUUAGAUAUCAGCAGGAACAAUUUUUCUGGUCAUUUUCCUAAAGGGAUAUCAAAGCUUCAGAAUUUGGUUGUUCUUGAUGCCUUCAGCAACAGUUUCUGGGGACCCUUGCCGGCUGAUGUUUCACAAAUUGAGACCCUCAAAGUGCUAAACUUUGCAGGGAGUUAUUUCAAUGGUCCAAUCCCAUCAGAGUAUGGUUUCUUCAGGAGCCUUGAUUUCAUCCAUUUGGCCGGAAAUUUCUUGGGUGGUGAAAUUCCUCCGGAACUGGGAAUGCUGCAAACGGUGACCCACAUGGAAAUCGGUUACAAUACUUAUGAUGGAAGCAUUCCUUGGCAAUUAGGCAACAUGAGCCAGCUUCAGUAUCUUGAUAUUGCAGGGGCAAACCUUUCUGGCCCAAUCCCAAAGGCGUUCAGCAACCUCACCAAUCUUAAAUCCCUUUUCCUGUUCAGGAAUCAGCUAAAUGGAAUGAUUCCCUGGGAGUUUAGCAAUCUGAUAUCUCUGGAAAGUUUGGAUCUUUCUGAUAACUUGCUUUCUGGGUCUAUUCCAGAGAGUUUUUCAGAGUUGAAGAAUCUAACGCUGCUAAGCCUGAUGUACAAUGACUUGAGUGGCUCUGUUCCUGAAAGCAUUGCCGAGCUUCCAAAGCUUGAAACUUUUCUUAUCUGGAGCAAUUACUUUUCAGGGCCACUUCCCAAAAAUCUGGGCCUCAAUUCAAAUCUCAAAUAUGUUGAUGUUUCAACGAACAAUUUUGUAGGUGGUAUUCCUCCCAGCAUUUGUGCAGGUGGGAUGCUGGCGAAGUUAAUCCUAUUCUCGAAUAAUUUCACCGGUGAGCUUCAUCCAUCUCUCUCCAAUUGUUCCACUCUAAUUCGCCUUCGGGUUGAGGAUAACUCAUUCUCAGGUGAAUUUACAUCGUUAUUCAGUAACCUGCCAGAUAUAACUUAUAUGGACUUGUCUGAAAAUAAGUUUGUAGGAGGUAUAACCAAUGACAUUUUGAAUGCCUCCAAUCUUCAAUACCUAAAUGUGUCAAAUAAUCCAAACCUUGGAGGUGUGAUUCCAGAGAAACUGUGGUCACUUCCACAGCUCCAGAAUUUUUCUGCAGCCUCUUGUAGUAUUUCAGGAGUCAUCCCUCCUUUUGAUUCUUGCCAAUCUCUGUUGGUUGUUGAGUUUGGGUGGAACAACUUAUCAGGGAACGUUCCUGAAAGCAUAUCAAUUUGUGAGGAUCUUGUAAUUAUGGACUUGUCCAACAACAAUUUGUCAGGUCAUAUACCCAUUGAGCUGGCUGCUCUUCCUGCUAUUAGUAUCCUUGAUUUGUCCCAUAAUAGUUUCAGUGGUCCUAUUCCACCGCAGUUUGGGAACUCUUCCAGCUUAAAGCUUCUUAAUGUGUCAUACAACCAUAUAUCCGGUUCAAUUCCUCAGGAAAAGAGUUUCAGAAUGAUGGAUAGCAGUGCAUUUGUGGGGAAUUCAAUGCUUUGUGGAGAACCAUUGAGAUCUUGCAAAGGAAGGCCUAGUGGUGUUGAACUGGGAAGCAGGAGGAUGCAGAAGUUUGCAUGGGUUCUCAUUAGCUGUGCAGUCAUUGCCUUACUCAUUGCCAGUUUGAUUUUCGGGAUACUUCAUUUCAGGAGAGCAGGAGGUGAAGGUAAAUGGAAAAUGGUUUCUUUUAUCGGCCUCCCCGGGUUCGCAGCAGACGAGAUUUUAAGGAGUUUUAAUUCUGCAGAAGUUUCCACUGCUGCUUCGCCGUCAUUUCCUCAUACGGUUUGUAAAGCACUUCUGCCUACUGGAAUCUCUGUAUCUGUGAAGAAGAUUGAGUUGGAACCCAAGAGAAUGGACUUAGUUUUAGAGCUCAUAAACAGAAUAGGCAAUGCAAGGCACAAAAAUUUGACUAGGCUGCUGGGAUUUAUCUACAGUAAGCGUCAGGGAUAUCUGUUGUAUGAUCACUCUCCUAAUGGAGAUCUCGCCGAAAAUAUCAGGAUGAAGAGAGAUUGGGAAACUAAGUACAGGAUCAUACUUGGAAUUGCUAGGGGACUUUGCUUCCUUCAUCAUGAUUGUGUUCCUUCCAUUCCACAUGGAGAUUUAAAGGCUAGCAACAUAGUGUUUGAUGAAAACAUGGAAGCUCAGUUAUCAGAAUAUGGACUCAGUUCAUUGUUACUGCUCCAAUUUGGCAAUGGACAUUUGCAAACAAGAAGCACAAUGGGAUCAGGCGAAGUUAUGACAGGCACAAAGGACCAGCUUUACAAGGAUAUAUACAACUUUGGGGAGCUAAUUCUGGAAAUAUUAACGAAUGGAGGACUGACAAAUGCAGAAUGGAGAGUAAAGAACAGUCCAAAAGAUGCUUCUCUAAAAGAGGUUCUUCUGAAAGAGAUUUUAGAUCAGAAUGAAAUUAGCUCUUCUAAUUCCAUUCAAGCUGUGAUGAGAUCAGCUGUUGAGGUGGCUUUGCUCUGCACAAGUAGCAGACUAUCAGACAGACCUUCAAUGGAGGAUGUGUUACAACUACUAUCCGGAUCGAAACCCCAAAGGAAAUGAAGAAAAGACAAGCAAAAGUUCUUGGAGAGAAGAUGCCAUUAUGAGUUGAUUGAAUUUUGCAGUUAUGUUUUGAUUUGGUUGAUGAUAAUUUGUGCUUUUUGGUUAAGUUAUAUGGCUGAUAAGUGGAAAGUCCUUUCUGUAAAAUGGGCAGUAUAUGUAUGUGCAUGUGUAUUAUACCCACCCCCCCAAGAAAUGUGAAUCUCUUCAGUCUUCAGUUUCAAUCUUUGAGCCUCUUCUUUAUCAUGCAUAGUCAUGGAUUCAAUUUCUACACUUUCAUGAAGGC